AUGCUGGAACGUGCGCGGGACUAUGUCUGGGCACAGCUCAAGGCUGUCAAGCCCGCCUUCGUCUCCAAGAAGCCGCACUUCAACUUCAUCUCGGUCCAUUACUUCUGGAUCAUCGGCGCAACAAUCGUCGGCUCCAUUGCCAUCUAUGCCUCCGGCGGGGGCGGUUUGGCCUAUGUUGAUGCAUUGAUGUUUGCCAGCGGUGCCAACACGCAGGCCGGCUUGAAUCCCGUUGACGUAAACAAGCUCAAUGGAUUCCAACAAGCCAUGAUCUACCUGUUUGCCAUGCUCUCCAACCCAAUCACCCUCCACGCUUGCGUCGUCUUCCUCAGACUCUACUGGUUCGAGAAGCGCUUCCAGAGUUGGGUCCGCGACAUUCGCUCGCGGCGGCCAACCUUGACCAAGUCCAAGUCCGAGUCCCAUGCAGAAGACGUGGAGCGGGCCGUCCCUGCCCAGGGUGUCAAUGGGCGGAACAUCACGAUUAUGCCGCACAAUGGCCGGGCGCAGAGGAUCACCAACGACGGCAUCCUGUUGGAGGACAUGGGCGAGGUCUCUCCCACGUCCGCGGCCGUGCUCAAAAGCGACGAGAGCGACUCGUCGACAAUGUCCGACGAGAAACAGCUCGAAGCUGGAGUCGUUCCGCAUCCCCAUCGCGGGAGCACCCAACUGGCGCCCGAGGAGCCCCGCAGUGGCCCCACGGCCAUCUCCUUUGCGAAUACUGUCAAGAGAAGCGAUGGCAUGGGAGAGGAUGCCUUGAAGGUCCCGCAGCGUCUGCCCAACGCCGAGCACAUUGCCAUUCUGGAACGGCAGCGAAAUCAGGACAACGAAGUCCUUCGAAUCCCGGGGCCGCGAGAUGCGGAGAGGGGCCUGGGGCCGAGGCGGCUCCAUAUGGACGAUCCUCAGGACGACGAUGAACAUGGACUCCCCAAGUCCAGGACCGUGGACUCGCGCAUUGAUUUGGCAGGGGCUGAUCCCAGAAAUAUUCGAGGCCGCCAGUCGACCAUUGUGAUUGCGGAGCCAGACAGGCAUCGAAUGGAUGACUUGGCAGACGAGGCCAAAGCAGUUGGCGGCGCCAUGGAUUCGCUCCGCUUCCGGAAGCCCCCUGGGACACGAACCCUGAGCAACCUCAGGUCUGUCUUGUCGCGGGACAGAGAAGAGGACAUGCCUUACCUUUCGUACACGCCAACGCUUGGCCGAAACUCCAACUUUGUCGGGCUAACCCUCGAACAGCGCGAGGAGCUUGGCGGCAUCGAGUAUCGAUCCCUGCGAACACUGGCCCUGAUCCUGCUGUUCUAUUUCUGGGGCUUUCAGCUCAUCAUCCUUGCCUUCCUCCUGCCAUUUAUCUUCCACGAUGCGUACUACGGCGACAUUGUCGAGGCUGCGGGUGUGUCCAAGACUUGGUGGGGAUUUUUCACGUCCAACGUUGCCUUCAUGGACGUUGGUUUUACCCUUACCCCAGACAGCAUGAUCUCCUUUCAGAGAUCAGAGUUUGCACUCAUCGUCAUGUGGUUCUUCAUCAUCAUUGGAAACACAGGGUUCCCCGUCAUGCUCCGGUUCCUGAUUUGGGUCGCCGCCAAACUUGUCCCCCGGGGGUCUGGUUUGUGGGAGGAGCUGCGGUUUUUGCUCGACCACCCGCGUAGAUGUUUUACCUUGUUGUUUCCGUCUGGCCCCAACUGGUGGCUGUUUUGGAUCCUCAUUGUUCUCAACGCGCUCGACCUGCUCUUCUUCAUUGUCCUUGACCUCGGUUCGGAGCCCAUCAGCCAGCUUCCGCUCAAGAACCGCGUUGUCGUCGGCUUCUUCCAAGCAGCCUCCACCCGAACGGCCGGGUUUUCCGCCGUCAACAUGUCAGACCUGCAUCCGGCAAUGCCGGUGCUGUACAUGAUCAUGAUGUACAUUUCCGUCUUCCCCAUUGCCAUUUCGAUUCGACGAACGAACGUCUACGAAGAGAAGUCCCUCGGUGUCUAUCAGGACCACAACGCCGAGGAGGAGAACGACGCCAGCGCCCUGUCCUAUGUCGGCAGUCAUUUGCGCCGACAAUUGUCUUUCGAUUUGUGCGCCUACGGUACCCUUGUCAUUAUCGCCAUGCAGAUCCGAGGCCGACACCGCGGCCUUCCGUACGGCCUCGAUCGCGCUGUCCUGUUGCCGAGCGAAUCUCGGUUCCGCAAGGAGGCCGAAGAGGCCGAGGCCGUUCUCGCCCGCGUCAACACUGGAAUGUCGGGUGCCACGACAUCGGGACUCCAGCGGCAGAGGACCAACACCGCCAGCCGUCGUAGCAUGAGCCGCGAGGGGGAGCGGACCAACGGCAACUUGAUACUGCAGUUCUUGCAUCCAGGCCCUCCCGUGCAACGCGAUUCGGCGGCAUCCAACCAGAGGAGGAUAUCGACGGAUUCAUACGGGCUCUCGCUGGGACCGAGGAUGUACACGGAGCCCGAGGCGGCCGAGGCGGCGCAGUCCAGCCCGGAACAAUUUCACAAACCAUGGAGGACAGAGACGUCGGCGUUUUAG